AACAUGACGCACAGACGCUCUAGGACCACAACUACCGUGAGGCAUCUGGGGACUUCCGGUCAGCGCAUGCGCGCUGCGGCUAAUGUUUUCUAUUGGUUUUUUGGGGAAACUCGGUAUAUCUGGGGGUACGGUGCACCGCGGACUGUGUGCUGAGACCCGGGGGACAGCUGAGCGGAUGCACAUCUAUAGAACAUCUCCUGCAGAGAUUGCCCAGGAUUUUUAAAUCUCCUGCUAAUAGCAACUGGGACCCACUGCUUAUGAAGCACGAUCAGCUCCUCAGCGCGCUUCAUAUAACGGGAGCGAGACUAGGAUAUACAUGUUCAUUGAUCUGGAGUAAGAUCGGACAGAAUUACCGAGGAUGGAGACUGAGAAGAGUUACAUAAGUGCCAGUAUAUUACAAUUCACCCUGGAGAUCGUCUACCUGCUGACUGGAGAGGAGUAUAUUAUGGUAAAGAAAGCCAGGGAUAUUGUCCAACCAGGGGUGAGAAGGAGCCCCAUCAUGAAUCCUCCACCUCCAUCCCUGAACGAAGGGAGAAAAAAUGAUGAUAAGAUCCUAGACCUCACCAAUAAGAUCAUUCAUCUGCUGACUGGAGAGGUUCCUAUAAGAUAUGAGGACAUCACGGUCAGUUUCACCAUGGAGGAGUGGGAUUAUGUAGAAGAACACAAGGAUCUCUACAAACAUAUCCUGAUGGAGGAUCACCAACCCAUGAGCUCACAAAGUGUGUCACCGGACGAAGUACACAUAAGCGACUUUUCUAGCAACUUCGACUCAAACUACAAUAUAAAUGUCCCAUCUGAUACUAUUGAAAUGUGUAUGAGUAUGAACGGAAUCGGAGAACCUUGGGGCGUGCCUGAUUUCCAUAUCAAAGAGGAAACCAUGUUACACGAGCAAGGAAUUCCCGAAGACCUCUUCAUGUUCCCUUCUUACCCUUUAGAUGUUGCAGCUCAGUUAAGUCUUCUACAUGGGAAUCCUCACUUACCUGUGGAACCUAGCUUUAGAGAACAAGUCACAAAUGACCUGGUCAAACAAAAGACAUCAGUCAUUUGUACAUAUUGUGGGAAGGCUUUUAGUAACCAAUACAGACUUUGUGUCCACCAGAGAACACACACUGGGGAGAAACCAUACCAGUGCGCAGAAUGUGGGAAAUGUUUUGCUCGACGCUCUGGUCUAUUAAUGCAUCGAAGGAUUCAUACAAAUGAAAAGCCCUUCAUUUGUCCAGAGUGUGGUAAAUCCUUUAAGCAGCCAACAGCUCUAACUAAUCAUCUGCGGACUCAUACGGGGGAGAAACCAUAUUCUUGUCCGGAAUGUGGUAAAUGUUUUUCACUAAAUUCUAGCAUGGUCAUACACAUGAGGAGCCACACAGGAGAAAGACCAUACAUGUGCUCAGAGUGUGGCAAAAGCUUUGGGUAUAAAAGUAGUCUUCUCGACCACCAGAGGGGUCACCGGAAUGAGAGGUCUUUGUCAUGUCAACAGUGCGGUAAAUGUUUUAUAUACAAGACAAACCUUUUUAGGCAUCAGAGGAGCCACAGACAAUAGGAGCUAUUUACUUACAGCAAGAACCAAUGAAGGUUUUCCUUAAUCUCUGCUUUGACAACCUAAUAAAAAAGGGGAUAUUCUACAGCACCAGAAGGUCGAACAACUUUUCAUAUCUCCCUUAGGUUCUAUUCACACGUAGUUUACAUCGAAAUCUGCAGCAGUGCAUCCUGCACAGGAUACUAUAUGUGUAAAUAACCCUUAAAGGGGUACUCCACUGGCCAGCGUUCGGAACAUUUA